CGCCCAUUGUCUGCCACCAUGAAAGUAGUGUUCAUAACGAAACAAGGAUGGUGGAUUGUCGUGGCCGUUUGUGUGUUUGUUCUUGGAAAUUGUGUUCUCCUUUACCGCUUUAUCAACAAGAAUUCAAUAGCGGAUCAGCUCGAGAAAACAAGACUAAAGGAACUCUCAGACAGAUACUUAGCAAACGUGGGACCAGAUUCAAAGCUACGUGAUAUUGCUGAAGCAGUUAAAAAACUGCGAAAGAAACCUGCACAAUCUGAUGUUUUUAUACCUAGUUUACCUUUAGCACAAAGGGGAGAUCAAAUCAAGGAAAAUAUUGGCUUCAAUGAAGGACGGAGAACAGAUGAAACUGCUAUUUCUUCUAAGAGAGAUGCGAUUUCAACAAAAACUGCAGCAAGUGAUUUUGUAGCUGCAGUGCUUGUUAUAGCGUGUAACAGACCGACAGUGAAGCGUUGUUUAGAUCUCCUUCUACAAUAUCGCUCUUCAGCCAAACAAUUCCCCAUUAUUGUGAGCCAAGAUUGUGGUCACCAGCCGACAGCUGAUAUCAUUAGAUCGUAUGGAACCCAAGUUUCAUUCAUUCAACAACCAGACCUGUCGGAUGUUCAAGGUGUUCCUGCAAACAUGCGCUCAAUGAUGGGUUACUACAAGAUCAGUCGUCAUUACAAGUGGGCCCUGGGACAGGCUUUUGAUCACAUGGGAUAUGACACAGUGUUGAUUGUUGAAGAUGACAUAGAUAUUGCACCAGACUUUUAUGAGUACUUUACUGCAACAAAGCCUUUGCUGGACAAAGACCCUACAUUGUGGUGUAUCUCAGCUUGGAAUGAUAAUGGGAAGGAAGGAAUGGUAAAAAGAAAUGAUGUCCUCUACAGAACAGACUUUUUCCCCGGACUCGGCUGGAUGAUACGCAAGUCUCUUUGGGAUGAGCUCAAACCCAACUGGCCACUGGGAUUUUGGGAUGAUUGGAUGAGGGAAGCUCCUCAACGUAAAGACAGGUCAUGUAUACGUCCUGAGAUCCCACGUACAAGGACUUUUGGCAGAGAAGGCGUGAGCCGUGGGCAAUUUUUUGAUCAACAUUUAAAAUUUAUCAAGUUGAAUGACAAGAAACACCCUUUUACAAAAACCGACCUUUCCUAUUUAUUGAAAGAGAACUAUGAUGAAACAUUUGUUGAACGUGUGCAUUCACUACCACUUGUCACUGUUGAUCAGUUCCAUGACAAGCGAGUGUUUGCCCCAGAGGUGCAGGUUCAUUACGCUUCACAGCAAGAAUUUCAAAAUGUGGCAAAGCAGCUUGGAGCAAUGACUGACUUUAAAGCAGGAAUACCAAGGAUGGCUUACAGAGGAAUAGUGUCAAUUGUAUUCUCAGGAAUUAUUGUGCAUAUAGUCCCAUCUCAUUAGUAGCUACAAAACUAUAAUGAUAUACAUGCACACAUAAGCCACUGUCUGUUGUGAGUGGAUACAGAGUGUGAAUCAUAGCAGGUCCCAUGUUUUUUGAUGUUAAAUGUGUCUAAGGU